AUGAAGGAGACAAUAGAGAGAGGGUGUCAUGUAACAAGAAGAGGGGGGGAGGAGAAGCAGUUCCUCAAAACUGAAGCAGGAGACGUGAAAAGCUUCAGGAAUCCAGCAGAGAAACCAGGAGCAUUCAGCAUGUCUUCAGACCCAGACAAGUUACCACCUCGACCAGAACUGUUUGAUUUCCAUGGAGUCUCAAUGACCCACUUUUUCACAGACAACUGGGAAAACGUUCAAAAGUUUCAGGCCAGGCCAGAUGAUAUACUUAUUGCAACAUACCCCAAAGCAGGAACCACAUGGGUCACCUACAUCCUGGAGCUGCUGUAUUUUGGUCAGACAGAGAAUCAAACAUCUGUCCCGAUCUAUGAGAGAGUGCCUUUCUUGGAGAUCCUCUUCCCGUCUGUUGGUUCAGGAAAAGACAUGGUGGACAGCCUCACCACUUCUCCUCGACUCAUUAAGACACAUUUUCCAGUCCAGUUUGUGCCGAAGUCCUUCUGGGAGCAGAACUGCAGGAUUGUCUAUGUGGCCCGCAAUGCCAAAGACAACAUGGUGUCUUAUUUUCACUUUGAUCGCAUGAACAUGGGUCAGCCAGAGCCUGGAGACUGGAGCAGCUACUUCCAGAGAUUCUUGGAUGGGAAAAUGGUGUUUGGAUCCUGGUACGACCAUGUGAACGGCUGGUGGAAGAAGAAACAGACUUAUUCCAAUCUCCACUACAUGUUCUACGAAGAUAUGAUUGAGGAUACUGGACGGGAAAUCGACAAACUCUGCAGCUUUCUCGGUUUGUCUAGUUCAGACGAGGAGAAGAAACGAGUUACAGGUGGAGUGCAGUUUGAUAAUAUGAAGAAGGACAGCAUGGCCAACUAUUCUACAAACCCAGUUAUGGAUUUCAAAAUUUCUCACUUCAUGAGAAAAGGGAAAGUUGGUGACUGGAAGAACCAUUUCACUGUGGCCCAGAACGAGAAGUUUGAUGAAGACUACAAGAAAAAGAUGACGGACACCACUCUUCAGUUCCGCGAUGAAGUUUGAAGAAGACUGGACAGGCUCUGUACAUGAAUGGACAUAUGGCAUUUCACUCAGGAGAGACCAGAAAAUGCAGCAAAUGUGAUGAUAUGUAUAUGAUAUAUAUCUUUUUUUAAUAUAAAAUAUUAUUAUAACAGAUGAUGUGAUUACAUAGAUAAAGUGAACUUGUAAUAUGAGAAUACAGGAUGAAUAUAACAGAAGAUAUGUGAUGAUUAACAAAGAAAUUAUAUUAGAACUUGACAGAAAGUGUUUGGCCAUGGCAAGAUGAUAACUAACAAUGUAAGUGUGUUGCUUAGCUACUGGAUAUAUGUUAUCAGCUGAUGAAAGCAAUUGAUAACAUGAUUGCCAUUUCAGAAUGCUGACUGUAUGGGAAAUAAAAUUACAGGCC